UAUGCACCAAAGGGACAUUUGCUUAUGGUUCAUUCAGAUAUCUGUUUGAGGCCCUUGAACUGUCAUAACCGAUCAUAAUUAUUUUGUAACCCUCUGAGGGAACUCUAUCCCUAGUUUUAGGACAGUGGAAAAGGCUCCAAAGUUAUGUUAGUGUUGCUAUUGUGUUUCACUUUUACUUCCGUUUAUUUAGCAAUUGUAACUGGGUAGCCAGAGAUAGUCGGUCAGCUGGAUUGUAGUUGUGAGCUGCACCUUUCUGUGUGCGUAAAUGAGAAGAGUAAGUACAUCUGUGAUAUUGUAUUUACUUGUCAAACCAGUUGUUAUUUCUGCUGUUUGAUGUGGUUAAGAGUUCAAGGGGUCGCUACGCGACCGUGGUGCUAAUUAUUUCCGCAUUCGUACAUUCACUUUCGAGCUUCGGCUCAUCUGAUUCGGUACGUCGGGUUAAAAAUAUGUAAUAUCGUGUUUAGACAUGCGCAUACUUUACUGUUACUUGUUGUUAGGAUUGUUCAGUACUUGGUGGUGGAGUAGAAUAAGAAGUAAGUGGUGUUAAAUAUUGCUAUUUGGAGCGCUAUCGAGACUUCUGAAUCAAGGCCUUGCUAGCUCGAACGGAACAUAGUAUCCGGUACGGGGUUUUUCAUAAUAAAAGCAGCCAGCCGUUUAGUCAGGUGGAGGCUAUAAAGCGUAUCAAAGAUGACAGGAAGUGCUGUCUGUUAGCGGGAACUUAACGCAUAGUAGAAAAUCUCAUAUUCUGACUAUUGUUUUUGUUAUGUUUGGUAAUGUAUAUUAGUGCUUAAGGAGAAAUGAGUGUGUGCAUAUGUUUCCUUUAUUCAUUUGUAUUUGUUUCUCUCUUUAUAGAAACCACACUUAGCAUUACACUCAUCCUCAAACUCACUCACAAAACAAAGAGGAAUAAAGAAACAGAAUAAGAACUAUCCCUCCGCUCAUCAUUUCAUACUCUGGAACAUUUGGCCUAAGUGGUGUUCUGGCCGACACACCUGAGUGAACUUUAUGAAAACCCAGAACUAGUACAUAGACUGAGUGUCUACCCAUUAUCUUCACUACAAGGACAACCAGACUAAAUGACCAAACUAUAUAUAAAGUAGUAAAAACGAGUUCCACCUCGACCAGCUGCAAUUUAAUGAUUCAGAAUUCAGAAUAUAUAGAGAAAAAAAUGAUUUUGAGGUAAGAAAGUAAAAUUUUUGACCAUAUUUUGUUUAGUAGAUUUUGCGAUAAAAUUGUAUGACUUAUGUUAUAUUGAAAUGUAGUUUCUUAGGCUAUGUGAUGCAUUUCUCCCCUGCUAAUUUUCAGAUCAUUAGCUAGCCAUUAGCUAGCUCCUAUACAUAUAAAUAAGGACUUUCUUGAUUUUAAUAUUUUUACAGAGUGCCCCAUGCAGUCUCUGGGCACACAAUGCCUGCACCCCAGGGUGACCAGCAUUCAUUUGUCAGCACCGUGACCAGUGCUUCCCAUUCACAUGUUCACAUGUUGGCGUUUGCAUUGGCACCCAAUCUUUUCCCUACUCAGUCUCUGUCAGUGGAGAGGGCAGAAAAAGGGCCGGUGUUGUGCCGAAUUUUGCAUGCCUGCCGAGAAUAGCAUAGCAUAUAGGCCUACUGAGAAAAAAAGUGGCUGCAAAUAGCCUACAUUAUCUGUUCUGCCGAAUUAGGCAUCCGCCUCUUUUCAGACACUUUGUUGUGCACAUUGAUCAAAUGUAGUUAUCAGCGCUUACUUUUGCUGAAUGUCAAGGAAUGCUAAUUCUACUAAAACACUCCAAGCGUUCAAAAAAUAUACACUUGAACUCCACAAAGAAUAUUAUACCGUUUUUAAGCAGCAGUUGGAGGUGCUUGCAAUUCUCAGUGGGUAUGCAGAAUUCAGCAUAACACUUGUUUGUUAGUUGUGUGCAAGAAAAAGUAUAGACCGUGUCAUAGAGUCCGGUACUGUGUGCUGGUGAGUACUAGCCUACUUCAGUCACUGACUGUGACUCUGAUUAAGACUAUCCACACAUUGACAUUGUUUGGUAGACUUCAGGAUGUAGAAAGAUUUAAGACCACUUUUUGAUGGUCAUGGUCUCGACUCGACCGCAUUUGUCCUCGGUUUUGUCUUGGACAUUGAGGACUCGGGAUUUUAUUUCAAGACCAUACCUUUGGGAAUAUCAAUAAACUGCUUUUGCAUUGUUUGAUUUAUUUGUUAACAUCCUAACUUUGAUUGGAUGUAAAACGUAUUGCUUCAAAUGCAACCAAUAACACUAAUUAAAAUGUGUUCUUGCCGUUAACGACUGGAUGUAUUAAUACUCUCAAUUAUCAAUACUUCCACUAUCUGCAUGAAAUGAGUGAGGGUUUUUUAUAUUAUUUUUUUUAUUUUGAGUGAACUGAUUGUGUAAUUGAACUUCAGAUCCCAUUACACACUAAUAAUAAUGCCCUUCCUCUUCAGCUGAAGAAAACUUAGAAUGUGUAGAACAUCUAAUUAAAUGCACUUAAAUAUGAUUAAAAAUAUAACGAGACUUAAAAUCUAAAUCCUAACCAUCACUAUCAAAGCGAUCUGCUCCUCUAUUGGGUUGUUAACACAACUGAACUCAACUCUACAGAGAACUGUAGUUUGAUUCAGUCUUUGUCAGAUCUUACAGUUUGCACGGAAAGUGAUAAGGGUUCAGAAACGUUAGUCAGAAUGUGCAAGGGCCUCUGUGUGUGAGAACUUGAAUAAAAAGGACCGCGGCAGACUGGUAGAGAUCAGUGGGCGGGGGAGACAGGAAGUCAGGAAGAUGUAACCAGGUAAGGAAACAGUGACACAGAGGAUGGGUAGAGUGAGUGAGAGGACAGAGAGAAACAAAGAGAGAGAGUCACACCUUGAGGAAGUUAACAAAACAAUAGGAGAACAAAAGACCAACUGAAGGAUGGGACUUGUGCAAUGUUUUGUGAUUGUCUUGAUGUUAUCCGCACAGUGGGUGCUCUCCUCUCCAGUGACAGAUGGGAUCCGGUUUUACACUAUGUAUGGCAGAAGGUGUCAAAUGUGCCCUGCAGGUGAGUAUGAGAAGUCUUGUAACGAGUGUGAGCGAUGUCCUGCUGGAACCUACACAACUGACUGGAACCGAGAAAACGACUGCCAUCGCUGCUACGGAGACUGCAGACCAGAUUUACAUCUGAAGGUGAGUCAGAACUGCACCAGCAAGUCCGAUGUGAAGUGUAUCUGUGAGGCUGGUUACAGAUGCACUGCCACUGUUCCAUACACAACAAACUGCAGAGACUGUGCCAAGAUCCAGGAAACAACCACAACUGAAGUAGCAGCUGUUACCUCAGAUAAAGGUAAACACACAGCUUCCUCAACUUCCUCAGGACAGAGCAGCUCUUCCUCCAAACCCUGCACAUUUCCUGAGUGUGGCCCUCGGUCAGUCCCAAAGUCUACAACUGGCCCACAUCUUGAAACAGACAAGACGCGCAGUCAGCUGGCCGCCAUCUUGUGUCCAGUGGUUGCCAUGGGAUGCAUGGCUCUUGUAAUCCUGUUCUUUGUACGACGCCCCGGAGAUGAAUCAUGUUUCAAGCAAGCUAUUGCAAAGCUACGCAACAAGGGAGGUAGAGAUGCUUCUCAUAAGCUGAAGGAGUCAACUCAUCAGUUCUCCAUAGACUCAUCCAGUGCAAAGCAGCAGUCGUCGUCAGUUUCAGCAGCCAAUCUGGGUCCAGUCCAUGUCCAUAAUCCUGGGACAGUCAUCUUCAGCUUGCUCAGUCAGUUUACAGGCCAGGUUGGUCCUACAAUUGAAGGUGGGAAGAUGGCCCAAAGAGGGAACAGCGAAGAGGAAGACGAGAGAGACUGUCCUGUGUUUCAUCCCACAUCCUCUCCCAGUAUUCAUCUCUCUGAGGAGGAGAGGAGCGGAGAGAUUGACAGCAUUUUCUUUCCCUCCCAGGAGCAGGGGAAGGACUGCCAUGUGUCCAAAGAGGAGGCACUAUGAUGCAUCGUGCAAAUAAACAAAGAUUUUUUGUUGGUGGUUACACUGCCAUCCAGACCGGUCCUAAAACAUUCUUUUAAAAGGAAGAAACUGUAAAACUGUGAACCCACAGAUGAGUGUGGAGCAGAUUCAUCUUUUUCUGGUGAACUGUGAAUCACAGCGUUCUGCAGAGACAUUUUCAUCAGCAGGUUCUGGAAAAACCUGUGGCCGGAGCACACGAGAAACUUUAACUCUGGUAGGAACACCUGAGAGGUGAUUUCCUUUGUAAAUUUUAUUUAAAAUGUCUUGUAAAUAUUCUUUAAUAAGCUCUGUCAGCUCUUUCUAAAGUAUAAGACCUGAAUGCUUAAUGUUUUGAAGAAAUAUUGGGCAUUUUGAUCACAAUAAAAUUUUAUUUUGAAGAAGAAUAAAGUAGAAAUGUAUGUAAGUAAAAAAAAACAUUAACGUGAUAUGAAUAAUCUGAUCAAAAAAUUAUUUAUAUAUAAAUGUAAAGAUUGUAAAAU